AUGUUGGACACUUUACAAAACAUUCUGGCUCCGCAACCCAUGGACCAGUCCUCUCAAGUCCUGGGGAAGAAACAACUUACUGAUAGACCACGCACUUGUUACAAACUCCAGACUUUAACUUCAGCAGCCUUCCUAGUCACCGGAAGAUAUGAAAGGAAAGAGGACUCUGCUGAAACCAGUACCUUAAACCUUCCAAGUCAUUAUCCUGAGAUUAUUAUAUUUAAGUCCUCUUAUUUCCAGCUCCCUGAUGGGUCAGAGAUCCCACUACCUCCAAUUAUUCUUGGCAAACUUGGCUCAGAUCCACAAAAGAAAACAGUGUGCGUCUAUGGGCAUCUGGAUGUCCAACCUGCAGCCGUGGACGAUGGCUGGGACAGUGAACCCUUCACCUUGGUAGAAAAAGAUGGAAAACUGUACGGGCGAGGGUCAACAGAUGACAAAGGUCCGGUGCUUGCCUGGCUGAAUGCCCUAGAAGCUUAUCAACAAAUUAAACAGGAAAUCCCAGUAAAUGUCAAGUUCUGUCUGGAAGGCAUGGAGGAGUCUGGCUCUGAAGGCCUAGAUGAGCUGAUUGUUGCUCAAAAAGACACUUUCUUCAAAGAUGUGGACUAUGUUUGCAUCUCCGACAACUACUGGCUAGGCAAGAGGAAGCCGUGUAUUACAUAUGGCCUCAGGGGAAUCUGCUACUUUUUCAUAGAGGUGGAAUGCAGUGACAAAGACCUUCACUCUGGAGUUUAUGGUGGCUCAGUACAUGAGGCCAUGACUGAUCUCAUUGCUCUGAUGGGCUCCCUUCUGGAUAAGAGAGGGAAAAUCCUCAUUCCUGGCCUUAAUGAAGCAGUGGCGCCACUUACUGAUGAGGAGCUGGAGUUGUAUGAGAAGAUUGACUUUGACCUGAAGGAAUAUGCAAAAGAUGUGGGAGCAACGAAACUACUCCAUGACACACAGACAGAUAUCCUAAUGCACAGGUGGCGAUACCCAUCCUUAUCUCUCCACGGAAUUGAAGGAGCCUUCUCUGCCUCAGGAGCCAAGACUGUGAUUCCACGGAAAGUAACUGGCAAAUUCUCAAUCAGGCUAGUGCCCGACAUGACUCCAGAAGAUGUUGCCAAACAGGUUCAGGACUACCUCACCACAAAGUUUGCUGAGCUGGAAAGUCCCAAUAAGUUCAGAGUAUACAUGAGCCAUGGUGGAAAACCUUGGGUGUCAGAUUUCAAUCAUCCCCACUACAUGGCUGGCAGAAGAGCGAUGAGGACAGUCUUUGAAGUUGAGCCAGACUUGACAAGAGAGGGAGGAAGCAUUCCUGUCACUCUGACCUUCCAAGAGGCAACAGGCAAAAAUGUAAUGCUGCUUCCUGUUGGAGCUGCAGAUGAUGGUGCCCAUUCUCAAAAUGAGAAACUGAACAGGUAUAACUACAUCCAGGGAGUGAAGCUGCUUGGUGCAUACCUAUAUGAGGUAUCACAACUAAAGGACUGAACUAAGGUGGUGAAAAUCCCAAACAUGAAAUCCAUUUUGUGGUUCAGAGUUCUGGAAAUCCUGCUGACAAGCAAGCUCAGACUAUCAAAUACCUGCAGCUUUACUUCUCCUCUCGACCUCCCAGUGAUUCUCCCCCUCCUACUUUUCACCAACCAACACUCAAACUCCUGCAAGGGAAAAGCAUCAGCCCCCCACUCUAGAAAUCCUGGAACACCCAGUACCAAAAUACUGCUUCCAGUGCACACUCCAUUCCAACUCUCCAGCUACAGAAGGAGUGAAGAGACCCUUUCCAAGGACUGUCACCAAAAUCUGACAAGUGGUUCUGAAUCACAUCACACCUGCCCUUUCUGCUUCUCUGAAUCCAGCCUAUAGCUUGCCAUAGGCACUCUUCCCCUGGCUUCUUUAAGACCGAAGUGAGAACAAACAUUCUUCCAGCUUCAUUAAACUAGCUAAUCCGCUAAAGAACUCUACAUCUUGACCACCUGCAGUAACUCUAGAAGGCUAAUCUAGACUCCAUGGUAAGUCCUGGAAGCACUUGAAGUGACCAACUACAAAGAGUAUACCAUUACAGCUUGCAGGAAUUCUAGGGCUAUCUCUGCCUCGCUGACGAGGCUAGGGGUGGAAUUGUUAACUUGUUGUCUGUAGCUCUUACUGUUCAUGCUUGUUGCAUCAAGGUCUGCAGACAAUUCUGGAUAUAAAGCAUGCAAUGAAGUUGGCUUUGUACUUACGUAAAUUCUGCUAAAUUAAAAAAAACUAUCACUUGGCUACUGGGUUUCUUUUCAAAUACCUUAUCUGAGAUGGUAAAGAUCAAUUCUGGCCCAUGGACACCAGCCCACCACCAUAAGGGCCAUAAAAGAACUAAGUGGCUCUUUGGUGCAAGAAUAUCAUGGCUAGAAGGAAAACAGGGAGGAGGGAGUGCAGCACUGAUUGGGCAAUUUGUAUCUGUAUCUGGGCAGACCUGGGGAAGCUCCUGUAGAUGUGAGCACAAUUCCAAAUCAUCCAAGAGUAAAAUGAAGCAUUAAGUCUUACCUGCUUGCUGUGGAAAUACUCCUAAUGCACUUGGGGGGUGACACUAAUGUGGUCAACCAGAAGCCCUCUUUUCCCCCAUCUUCCCUCCAUAGAGCCCAGGACUUAAAACCCUCCUGAGAGCUGAAGCAACUCAGAGAGCAACCGCAGACUUGGACAGCCUGAGCCCAGGACAGCACUCCUGUCCACCUUCCUCACCCCUCCCCCAAUCCCUUCUGACAUUACUUCCAGAUUUGGCCAGUUAUGCAUGUGUGAGUAUGGAAGUGGGUUAGGGCUUAGGGCAUUAACACUUUCUUUCUUCCCCUGAGUGAUGUAGGAGUGUUCCCAGCACUCUCUGCUGUUUUAUUAUUUUUAUCAAUAAAGCUUGAAAGUUUA